AUGAUGUCUCAGUCUCUCCGGGCUUCGCAGCGCACCCUCUUCUCCCGUGCCUCUCGGGCACAGGUCUCGGUCGUUCGCCGCACCUUCCUGACCUCCGCCGUCCGCCAGGCCGACCCUGUCCAGGACCUGUACCUCCGCGAGCUCAAGGCCUACAAGCCCACUCCCAUCAAGGCUGGUGAUGCCGAAGAGCACGUCCAAAAGUUCACCGCCCCCAAGGCCCCCAAGUCUCCCGAGGAGGCCAACCUCGCCAGCGAAUUGUCCGCCUACGAGAGCCAGGAGGUCGAAGUCGAGGGCCAGGCCGCCGCUGGCGAGGCUGCCCCCGUCGAGGAGAGCUGGUUCGAGGAGGAAGAGGAAUCCCCCGCCGCCCACUAA